GAACCUUCCUGUAGUCCUACUACACCUAGUAUAUACUGACAGUUUGUGUGGGGAUACAUGCUCGGCAUUUUCAUCUAUUUCGUGCCCUUUCUUUCAGUUCUCAAGCUCUGUAUUGCGGCACAAUGCUCUCAGCAAACUGCUCCCUAUGAACUUCUUCUCUGGCGUGACAAUCUCGAAGAAGGCCACUGUGCUUUUAUGUCUCUGCAAAAGACACAGAAACACAAAGGCAUCUCAUGCAACGGCACUGGGUAUAUUCGCGAACUAUCCUCGGUAGAGUCUGCCGGAGAAUUAGGUGAAAUAUUGCGGUUAAUUUCUAUGGACGAGGGUAUUCUGUUAGCACAGGUGCAGAUAGAAUGCUCUAAUCAUGCUUCUUUACACGGUGAAAUAAGGACAUCAUCAGCUGGUAUGUCUCACAACGGCGCUGGUGGCCCUUCCCAAGUGAUUCUGGCACCUCAGCAGCAUGAACAAGGUCUUCGUUCUGGGGUCGAACCUCCACCUCUCCAAGUGUCCAGCCUGAUCACUUCUGGGCCCUCUAGCAAUCGUGUAGAUCUUGUUUUCUUCUCCGAUGGGUACACUGAAGAGGAAUAUAAUAAAUUUAUCGAAGACGCAACAAGACUGGCACAGGAUGUCUCCGCAAACCAGACAUUCUAUACGGUCAAACCUCUUCUCAACUUCUGGGCUGCCUUCUCACCCAGCAAAGAGGUAGCAAGAUUUUUUGUCGUAUCAGUCACUCCUUUUGGUCUUUACCGCGAUGGAACCGAAUUGAGAGGCUUAUACUCCAGCAAACCCGAUACUGCUCUUGCUGCAUGCGAGUCACUGCAAGACAAAUGUGACUAUGCCAUCUUGUUAGGAAACGACCCACUCUAUGGAGGACUGGGCGGUGAAUUCACGACUAUCACGUCAUCUCUAGCCAACGGGGCUUUAGUCCUCAGACACGAACUCGGUCAUUCUAUUAUUGACGUUGGAGAAGAGUAUGAUGGCGGAUUUGCUUACUUUGGUGUUAACGCCGCAGACACUCUAUCCUCGGUGACAUGGUCGCACUGGCUGUCUGAUCCUGACACUCCACCACGCGAAGAGCGCUCUGUCUCACCCUUACAAGCUUACCCUUGGACAUUGCUAAACACCACCACCCCUUUUUCGACCAAUUUCACUUCAUCCGGCCAGUACAGCCAAUAUCUAGUGAAGUUCUCACUUUCUGGUGUGCCCGAAGAGAAAGACUUGGAUGUCUUACUUGAUGGGGCCAAUCUCGGAUGGACUCCUCCGAGGCAGGAUAUAGGUAUCGACCGAUGGCACUAUAACUUAGCCGGGUAUAGCGCUCUGAGCGAAGGCGAUCAUGAGCUACAGUUCAUUUUGAAGAAUGAAAACACUCAAGGGCAAGCUCAACUCUGCAGCGUGGAAAUCUUGGAAUUUGGUGAUGACUCUGAAUUCAAUAGUGGUAUCGGAUAUUAUGGUGCUUUCCCGACAUUCGAUCUCAACAACGAGACGACCUAUCGGCCGACUUAUGAAGGCUGUCUUAUGCGUAGCGUUACAUAUCCCAACUUUUGCAAGGUCUGCUUGGAAGGCCUAUGGCUCUCCCUGCUUAAGCGCGUGGAUCUCAUCGACAACGUCCGCGAAAGUUGCAUAAUGAAAUCCGCAUCAGAAGUCGACUCGAGCACAGAUCAAUUGUGGAAGAAGGUUCUCGAACUUGAUCUUGUCCCAUUGGCACAAUUAAGGCACAAUACAAUCGGCUUCACAGAGAGUUAUAAAAUAACAUGGUCGACAGGUGGGACUACCUUGGAACAAUUCACUAACCAAACGAGAAUAGAAGUGGAUGAUGAUAUGCUGUCAUACGAUAUUGACAUUGUGUUUUCAACGAACGAAGUCAGAAAGGAUGAUCAAGGUUGGCUGACGGCGAGUAGAUC